UAUCCAAAAUCAUAAAAAACACACAAAAGAUGUAUUCUUCUUUGUUGACUUGUUUCAUUUUGUUGUCAAUUGCAUAUGCUUCCUUUGCUGCCAACCCAAGGACUCCAAUUGAUGUGCCAUUUGGCCGUAACUAUGUUCCUACUUGGGCCUAUGAUCAUAUCAAAUACUUAAAUGCUGGUUCUGAGAUUCAGCUUUAUCUUGAUAAAUACACUGGUACUGGCUUCCAAUCCAAAGGGUCUUAUUUGUUUGGUCACUUUAGUAUGUACAUAAAAAUGGUUUCUGGUGAUUCAGCUGGCACAGUCACUGCUUUCUAUUUAUCUUCACAAACUACAGAACAUGAUGAGAUAGAUUUUGAGUUCUUGGGGAACAGAACAGGCCAACCAUACAUUCUACAAACAAAUGUUUUCACAGGAGGCAAAGGUGAUAGAGAACAGAGAAUCUAUCUUUGGUUUGAUCCUACAAAAGAAUAUCACAGAUAUUCUGUGUUGUGGAACAUGUUUCAGAUUGUCUUCUUUGUAGAUGAUGUUCCAAUAAGGGUAUUCAAAAACAACAAUGACUUAGGAGUGAAAUUUCCAUUUAACCAACCAAUGAAAAUAUACAAUAGUUUAUGGAAUGCUGAUGAUUGGGCCACAAGGGGUGGUUUAGAGAAAACAGAUUGGUCCAAAGCACCUUUCAUAGCCACUUACAAAGGUUUCCACAUUGAUGGAUGUGAAGCCUCUGUUAAUGCAAAAUUUUGUGACACACAAGGUAAAAGGUGGUGGGAUCAACCUGAAUUUCAUGACCUUGAUAAUUUUCAAUGGCAAAGGCUUAAAUGGGUUCGUCAAAAAUAUACAAUUUAUAAUUAUUGCAAUGAUCACAAACGUUAUUCUCAAACUCCUCAAGAGUGUAUAAGAGAUAAAGAUAUUUAAAGAGCAAAUAAUUAUUUUGAUAUCUUAAAUAUGUGAGAUGUUGUCAUCAUAGUUUUUAAAAUAUUGUAAUUGCAAAUACAUUUUUAAUGUCUCUUUUGUUGGUAAUCA